AUGGAAUCCAGCGUUCCUCAGCUCUCAAGUUCAUCUGAACAUGUUUUCGCCGAAGAAAAAUUAGAAAUUCAAUCAGGAAUCAACUCAGUAGCCCAAGAAGUGCAAUUUUCACAGUCUGAACAGGUAAGUUUUUGAGUUUUUUGGGUAAAAAAGUACGAAUUUCUUCAGGUCGCCACCCAAUCUACCUCAAAUAUCCCACAAGUUUCUCCAGCGCAAAUUUCUCAGGGAAAUGUGAGUUUUUCUAGAAAUUUUGAUGAAUUUUCCCUAGAAAAUCAUUAUUUUUCAUGAUUUUCUCACAAAAUAGAUUGUUUUUGUCGGAAAUCCAAUUUUCUCUGAUUGUCUGGCUGAGCCAGUAUAAAAACUAUGUUUUUGUACAGUUUUUCACGCUGAGAGCACAAAAAUAAGCCAAAAUGGCCAUAACUCAUGUUAGAGAAGAUUUUAUCAAAAAUUGAAUACAGGGUGAUGUUCAGGAGGGUUGAUUUGAUCAAUUUUACUAAAUCGACCCUUCUGAACAUCACCCUGGGUUUAUUUUUUGAUAAAAUCUUCUCUAACAUGAGUAAUGGGCUCUGGAAAUCGCGAAUUUUGGCUCAUUUUUGUGCUCUCCACAGAGUCGCGCAGUACAAGCUGAAAAUAGGAUCUUUUCCAGCGUGAAAAACUGUACAGAAAAGCGCUCCACCGAAAUAAACACGCAACGCAGACCGCGUCGCGCCACAACACAAGGGAACGAUUCAAAUUCCCUCCCUUUUUUGUGUGUAUUGUGGCGCGGCGCGGUCUGCGUCGCGUGUUUAUUUCGGUGGAGCGCGUUGGCAAUUCCCACUGCCCGCUUCUCAGAUUUUUUUUAGUUUUCAAAAAAACUUUGAUUUUUGGAAAAUUUGCCUAAUUUUGUCUCUAAAGCUCUAAGAAAGCUGUGACGUCACAAUUUUUCUUCCCCAGAGCAAAAAAAAAUUUUUUUCGACAUUUUUUCAAAGAAUUUUUCGAAAUUUCACGGAAAUAACAGGAUAUUUCUAAUUGGCUUGGGUUUUUCCUAAUUUUUUCCAAAUUUUUCCCCAGAAAUCUUCAAUUUUUCGCUGAAAACAAGCCCAUAAAUUCGGAAUUUUGUUGUGUUUUUUGCACUUUUUUUGACCAAACAACUGCCCUUUUUGUUAUGACGAUUUUCGCGUUUUUUUCCAGCAACUGCCACGUUUUCCACAAAAUCUCAAUGAUCCACGUAUCAAUAUUCAUUUGCCAACAGCGGUGAGAUUUUUUUUUUGAAAAAAAUUGAAAAAAAUUCAUUUUUGUGUGGAAAAAACUAUAUUUUUUCCUAUUUUUUGGCACAAUUUUUCUCAUUUUUGUGUGGAAAAAAUGUCAAAAAUAGGAAAUUGAAUUUUUUUUUGUCAAAAAAAAAUUCUGAAUUGCUCAUUCGGAUUAAAAAUUAAUUUAUUCUUAAAGUCAUUCAUCAGAGAUUAUGUUUAUUUUUGAAACAACUGACGUUUUUCUUCAAAACCUCAAUUUUUUUUCCAGAGACCCCCGUCAGUUUCAAAAGAUCCCUUCCUUCUUUUGGCCGAAGAAAAUGCGAGAAUUAUUAUUGCAAAAGAAGCGGAAAGAAUUCGAUUGAAAGAAAAAAGCUGCCACGUUAGAGCCGUUGGAAAUUAAUACCAAGUUGGAUUAUGAUGUGAGUUUUGUUGAAAUUUUCAAAAAAAAUUGAGAUUUUCACGUGGCAAAUUUUUCAAAAAAAUUGAGAUUUUCAUGAAAUUUUCAGCCUGAUUUCAUCGGAAAAGCUGAAAAUUCACUAUUUUUAACGAUUUUCCAACAAAAUUCUGUAAUUUUCAGUUCAGACAUGUCGUUUUUGCUGAAUUCGGGCCCCUAAAGCCCGCUCAAUUUAUCACGGGCCCGGCUGGCCCGGCCUUAUGAAAAUUUAAAAGCGGCCGGGUUGGCCUCGCCCAAACAAUAUUUUUGAAUGGCCAAUUUCAGAAUUUUUUUUUGAUGUUUUCGAUGUUGGAUUGUAUUUAUAUGAGUGAAAAAUCAAAUUAGAAUGUGAUAUUUUGCUUAUAAAAAUAGAAAUAAGUAACAAAUCGAAAAAUAAAAAGCAAAAAUUUCAAAAUUCAAGUGAAUUCUCUUCCACACACAUAUUAUUUUACUAUUUUUACUCUUUACAAUGUUUGAAAUUCAUUAAAAAUUCCUUUUUGACCACGAAAAACUCAUUUUUUCAAUGAAAAAAAAUCGAAGAAAAAAUAAGCGGGCCCCAAAAUCGGGCCAAUGUAAGCCGCACAUGUUAAAAUCGGGCUUCGGCUGAAUAAAGCCCGAUUUUUUGUGUUUACUUCGGGCUCAGCCCGGCCGGCCCGGCCUGCAGCGACAUGUCUGUUCAGUUAGAAACUGAAUUUGCGGCUCAAAAUUCAUCAGGAGGAAAAAAAAAGAAAAUUUGAAUUUUUCAUAAAAACGUAAAUUUUUCAUAAAAAUAGAGCGCAUUUGCCAUUUUGACUCGAAAUUCAUCAUUUUUGAUGAUUUUUAGCUUGAAAAAUCACAUUUUCAGCCUAAUUUCAUCGGAAAAGCUGAAAAUUCUGUAAUUUUCAGUUCGAAACUGAAUUCGCGGCUCAAAAUUCAUCAGGAAAAAAAAAAUGAAAAUUUGAAUUUUUCAUAAAAACGGGGAUAGUUCAAUAGAGCGCAAUUGCCAUUUUUGGCUCAAAAUUCAUCAUUUUUGAUGAUUUUUAGCUUGAAAAAUCGCGAAUUUUCAUUUCAGAUCUGGUUUUUUUUAAAUGAAAUAAAAAUCUUAAAACUUUGCCACGUCAUAACUCAUAUUACCCCCAAAAUUAUCCCCAAAAUUUCCCAUUUUCAGUCGGAAGAAGAGGAAAUCGAUCUGAAAACGCCAAAAAUUGGCGAAGUUUGUGGAAAAUGUCAUUUGUAUCACCACGAAGAUGAGGAUGAGAUUACUAGAGAAGAAUUAUUUUUGGCUGAAAAUGAGGCGGCGGCUGAAAAAGAGCAACCCAAGCUCCAACUUAUGAGCAAAAAGAAAUCGCAUCGACACAAACAGAUUGGCUACAAAUGGAUACUUUGCGACAUUUGCAACACUUGGUAUCAUUUUUUGUGCACCGGAUUGGAGCAAUUCCAAUUUUAUUUGUACAAGACGUUUCAUUGUCAGAAUUGUGAAGCGGUGGCUGGACCAAGUGUUGGUAAGUUAAACUAACUUAGUUUGAUGGGAAAAUUGCAGAAAAACCACGUUUUUUGGUGUAAAAAACGUGAAAUUUGAGACGGGGGACUAGAAAACCAAAAUUUGGAAAACUAGUCCCCGACUUCAAAUUUUUUGAAUUGAGAAAAAUCCACGUUUUUUGGUAUAAAAAACGUGAAAUUUGAGCUCGGGGACUAGAAAACCAAAAUUUGGAAAACUAGUCCCCGAAUUCAAAUUUUUUGAAUUGAGAAACUGUGAAACCCUGAAUUUUUAUAAAAUUGAGAAGAAUUCACAUUUUUUUUUAUAUAAAAAACAUGAAUUUUGAGCUCGAGGACUAGAAAACCAAAAUUAGGAAAGCUAGUCCCCGAAUUCAAAUUUUUUUUUGUUGUUUUCGAAUUGAGAAACUAUAAUAAAUCCCUGAAUUUUUAUAAAAUUGAGAAAAAUCCACGUUUUUUGGUAUAAAAAUCAUGAAAUUUGAGCUUGGGGACUAGAAAACCAAAAUUAGAAAAACUAGUCCCCGACUUUAAAUUUUUUGAAUUAUUUUCGAAUUGAGAAACUGUGAAUCCCUUAUUUUCUAUAAAAUUGAGAAAAAUCCACAUUUUUUGGUAUAAAAACGUGAAAUUUGAGCUCGGGGACUAGAAAACCAAAAUUGGAAAACUAGUCCCCGACUUCAAAUUUUUUCAAAAAUUUUUAUUUUGUCUAGAAUAUCCAAAAAUCGCUCGACAUCGUUAUCAAUGGCACAAAAGAGCAAAAUCCACAAAAAUCGAAGUUGGAUCGGAAUUAUGGAUUGAAAGAUUCAUACAAAGAAGAAUCUCAACUUCCAGCACCAAAUGAAAAUGAAGUUGAAAUUGUUGAAAAUGGUUACGAAUUCCAUAAAAAAAUUCAAGAAAAUGGAGGAAUUUCGAAAUGGAAUAAGGUGUUUUUGAUUGAAAAUAUGGAUGGAUUAGAGAUGAAAAUGCCUGAGAAAGAAAGUUUUGAUAUUGAAAAUGUUGUCGAAUUAAUGGGAGAUGAUUAUGAAGUUGAUACAAUUGAUGUUUAUAAUCAGAAUACGUAUUCGAUGAAAUUGAAAACGUUUUUGGCACUGUUUCGAGAUCCGAAACCCAGAAAGAGACUUUAUAAUUUUUUGUCGCUGGAGUUUUCGGAGAAUGAGAAGUGAGUUUUUGAUUUUGGGCUGGAAUUCUGGGGCCUAAAAUUCUCCUGAAUUUAAAUAUAGGAACUUUUAAGAACGUUAAUGAUAGUUUCAAAGUUCUCUAAGAAUCAAAAGUGACUUAGGGUCCUUAAGAAGCGUUUGGAAAAGUUCCAAAAAUCUUUGGAUUCAAAAAAUCCCUAAAGACCUUAGGGCCUUUUUUAACGUUCAUAGAAAAGCCCCUAAAGUCCUUGAGCUCCAAGAAAAUAUUUUGAAUUUGAAUUUUUCCACGUGGAUUUUUGGAGCUCUAGAAUCUUCUGAAAUUAAAUUUUUUUGAGCUCCGAAAAUCCACGUGGAAAAAUUUGAGUUCAGAAGCCAGAAAAUUUUUUGAAUUUAAAUUUUUUGGUGGCUCAAAAUCCACGUGGAUUAAAUUCUGCCACGUGGAUUUUCGGAGCUCAAAAAUAUCUUUUGAAAUAAAUUUUUUGGAGCUCAAAAUCCACGUGGCAAAAUUUAAAUUCAGAACUCGAAUUUUUGGGGCUCAGAAUUCACGUGGAUUGAAUUUUGCCACGUGGAUUUUCGGAGUUCUAGAAUUAUCUGCGAUUUAAAGUUUGCCACGUGGAUUCUGAGCCGCCAGAAAAUUUUUUGAAUUAAAAUUUUUUGAGCUCAAAAUCCACGUGGCAAAAUUUGAAUUCGUAAUAUUUUUGGGGGCUCAAAAUCCAUGUGGAUUAAAUUUUGCCACGUGGAUUUUGAUCCGCCCAGAAAAUCUUCUGAAAUUCACCUAAAAACUUGAAGCCACAUGGAUUUUCAGACAAAAUUGAAUUUAAAAUCUGAAAAAAAUUAUAGUUUACUUAAAUUUCACCCCAAAAAACAUUACAGAAUGCGACAAAUCAUAAAACCCCCCUGGUUUGUGCGCGAUAAUUCAAUGAUCGAUCAACUCUGGCCCGAAACCGAAUCCAAAGAUUGGCUACGAUUAAUUCAACUCGAAGAAAAUCUCGCAGAAGAGCAGCGACCGAAAGUUGAGGAGUUUUGCCUUUCCGGAAUGGCCAACUCCUACACCGAUUUUCACAUUGAUUUUGGUGGAAGCAGUGUUUAUUAUCAUAUUUUCAAAGGCAAAAAGGUUUUCUACAUUGCGCCGCCAAAUGAAAGAAAUUUGAAAGCUUUUGAGAAACAUGAGACAUCUAAGAAGACACACGAAUGGUUUGGCCAUAAAAUUGCGGGAAGUGUGAAACGAGUUGUGAUUGAGGAGGGGCAGACUUUGCUGAUACCUGCCGGAUGGAUACAUGCGGUUUGGACCCCGCAAGAUUCCCUGGUUUUUGGUGGAAAUUUUCUGCACUUGGGAAACGCUGAAAUGCAAAUGAGGAUCUAUCAAUUGGAAAUGGCGGUGAGGAAUAUUGUGAAAACGGAAGACAAAUUCUAUUUCCCGAAUUUCGAAUUUGUACAUUGGAUGUAUGUUCGAAAUGUGAUCUUAGAACGGCUCAAAGAAUCGAAUGAUGAGGGAAUUUCCAUGAUGGAUUCGGAUUUUUGUAUGUGGAAGGCGGCCAAAUGUUUUGCGAGUGAGAUGAGGAUUUGGCUAGCGAAAGGAGAUCCCAGAGAAGAUCUAGAGCAGAAAUCGAAGGUUCUGAAUAGUUUGGAUGUUCAGCUGAGAAAGCAGGAGAAGAUUCAGAAGGAGGGGAAGAAGAUGAAACGGGAGAAAUCUGGAGGGGGAGCAUCGCCGGAGGAUUAUAGACCGUAUAAGAAGCGGAGCAGGGUUGAGGUGGCCCCUGUGAAAAAUGAGAUUGUGUCAAAAAUCAAUGGCGUUCCGGUGGAGCAGUUUUUGGUGAAAAAAGAAGAGGAGGAAUCCACCCAGCCACCACCGAUCAAGAUAAAAAUUCAAUUGGAAUCGAAUUUGGAUCAAAUGGCCACUGCAAAGAUGUUUAACAAUGGGAGAACGUCGUCGGGAAGAAAAGUGAAAUUGAAUCAGCAGAUUGUGGAUUAUUGUGGGAAGAGGAUUGAGGAUGGAAAGAGUUUGGGUGGGUGUUGGACUCUAGGGGCCGAUCCUAGGCCAGAAUUGGGAUUUGUAGGCGCGGCUGCUUGAAAUCUGGGUGAUGUAGGCGCGGUUGCUUGAAAACCGGGUUCAAUAGGCGCGGUUGCUUAAAAACCGGGUUCUGUAGAGUCGGGUACUUGAAAACCGAAAUUUAUAAGCGCGGCUGCUUGAAACUCAGGUUCUGUAGGAGCUGAGCCUUAACAAUUUAAAUGUAUAGGCGCGGAUGCUUGUCAGAAUAGAUUCACUAGGCGCUGCUGCUUAGCAGAUUGCAUUUCUAGAUGUGGUUCCGAGAGAAGUAGGAUUUUUAGGCUCGGUUACUUGAACUCUAGGGUUUCUAGGCGUGGCUGCUUGAAAACCAGGUUGUGUAGGAGCUGAGCCUUGACAGUUUAAUUUUCUAGUCGCGGCUACUUGAGGACUAGGCUCGCAAGGCGGCAGUCCUUGCCAGAGUGGACCUCUAGGCGCGAGCCCUUGAAAAUUGGGUUCUCUAGGCGCGGCUAGGUGAUAACUAGGCUCUCUAGGCGCGGCUGCUUGAAACUCAGGUUUUGUAGGCGCGGCUACUUGAAGACUAGGUUCUAUAGGCGCGUCUGCUUGAAACCCAGGUUCUCUAGGCGCCAGUUGCUUGAAAACUAGGAGCUCUAGGCGCGAGCCCUAGAAAAUCGGGUUUUCUAGGGGCUGAGCCAUGAAAAUUGGAAUUUCUAGGCGCGGCUGCUUGAAAACCGGGUUGUGUAGGCACGGUUGCUUGAAGACUAGGUUCUGUAGACGCGGCUGCUUGAAACUCAGGUUCUGUAGGCUCGGCUGCUUGAAAAUCGGGUUGUGUAGGCGCGACUGCUUGAAACCCAAAUUCUGUAGGCGCAGCUGCUUGAGGACUAGGCUCUCAAGACGCGAGACCUAUAAAUUCAGGUUUUCUAAGCGCUGCUGCUUGAAAUCCGGGUUCUGUAGGAGCUGAGUCUUGAGAAUUGUGAAUUUGUAGGCGCGGCUGCUUGAAGACUAGGCUCUCUAGGCGUGACUGCUUGGCAGAGUGCAUUUCUAGACACGAGCCCUAGAAAAUUAGGUUUUCUAGGGGCUGCUGGUUGAGAACUAGGCUCUCUAGACGCGAGCCCUACAAAAUUGGAUUCUCUAGGCGCACCAUCUUGAAAAUUAGGUUCUCAAGGCGCAGCUGCUUGCCAGAAAGCAUCUCUAGUCGCGAGCUCUAGAAAUUUAGGUUGUCUAGGAUCGGCUGCUUGAGAACUAUAAUUUCCAGGCGCGGUUGCUUGAAACUCAGGUUCUGUAGGAGCUGAUCCUUGAGAAUUAGACUAUCUAGGCGUGGCUCCUUGCCAGAGUGGAUUCUCUAGGCGCGAACCCUACAAAACAAGGCUCUCCAGGAGCUGAUCCUUGACCAAAGAUCUAUUUCCAGACGAUGAAACAAUUCCAGUCCUCAAAUCAUAUGCGGAACUAGAUGAAGAUCUCGAAAAAUGCGAAAAAGCAUCUUCUGUAGCCAAACCAAAAAUUGUGAAACCAAAGAGUGAGCUUUUUUCCCAAAAUUUUGUUUUUUUUUCCAAAAAAUCUUGUUUUUUUAGAAGAAAAAGCGGCGAAACCAAUCAAAGAACCGCGAAAAUCAGCAACACAAACAACAAAACAAAGAUUGGCUAAAAAAUUGAAAAUGUGA